AUGGCCUCUGGUCAUACACCUAGCGGCAAGAUGCUGCCAAACUUUCUAACCAUGAGUUUCGAAAUGGUCACCGUGCGUGUCGGCGAAGCAGAUGUGGCAGUCGAUAUACCCGUCUAUCGCGAUCAGCUUUCGGCUGUCUCACUGUACUUUCGUGGCGCGUUCGAGGGUCCUUUCAAAGAGGCUACGGAUCGCAUUCUACCCUUGACAGACGUUUCCGAACAGACCUUCCGGAUAUUCCUGCAGUGGACACACUUCCAAGCCAAUUCUCAGUCGAGUGCUGCUUCCAUGCGUACACAUGACGCCGUCCUCCAGAAACUCAUGACAAAAUUGAGGGAUGAAACCACAACCAUCCCUGGGAUCGACGAAAAAGGCUACCAUGAUGAAAGGAAGAAGAACGAUUCGCGUUGGACGAAUCCAGAGUCGGUGGUCGAUUGCCAGUUGAUGCGUGCUUCGUUCCUGCGCCUCUACGUUUUCGCUGACAAGUACGACAUUCCCCAGUUUCGAGAUGACAUAUUGACUGCCUUGAUUGCACAGCCGCAUAUAUGGAAAUGGCCUUCCAGUCCUGACCAAGAUCUGAUCGAGCAUGCAUACGCAGAUUUGCCGCAGUCUUCCAAGUUCAUCCGCUUCUUAGUACUUUCCGUGGCCACCUGGUACAUUCGGGAUUCGUCGUACGAGGACGCUACCAGGCUGCUGUGUGACCUGAAAGAGACGCAUAAAGACUUCGCCCUCGAGGUCGCUAUUCUGCAGGUCGAAAUAUACAGGGACAAAGUUUUCCCGAAUAAGCAUGGUGCCUCGUCUCAGUGGGAAUUGACUCUGCCUCAUUCUUGUAUCUUGCACGAGCAUCGAGUCCAGGACAAGAAGCAAUGCCGAGAGCGCAUACGCAACCAUCCGUAUAUAUUUAACAUACUCAUUGAUGCGUGCUUGCAAGAUGCCUUGGGCAUGGAGGAACGGUGCAACAAGGCAUAG